CAGUGACUCAAUUGGUUUGACGUUCACUGCAGUGAGUGAUUGAUUGGAUCGGUAUUGUCGGACAAGAAUGGGUCACAUCUUCGGCAAACCUAAACCCAAGAAGAAGCCUGAGAUCACUGAAGAGGACAAAGCGAUUCUGCAACUCAAACAACAAAGAGAUUCCGUGAAGAAGUAUCAGAAGAGGAUUAAGGAUGAGUUGGACAAAGAGAGACAAAUCGCCCGACAGUUACUCAAAGACAACAAAAAAGAGAAAGCGCUUCUGUUGCUGAAGAAGAAGAAAUACAUGGAAAGCAUUUUGGAUAAGACUGACAACCAGUUAAUGAAUUUGGAGAAACUGGUCACUGAUAUCGAGUUCAGUCGAGUCGAGGCAACCGUCUUAGAGGGUCUUCAGACCGGAAACGAAGCACUCAAACAAUUGCAUCAAAUCUUAUCCAUCGAUAAAAUUGAAGAGAUUUUAGAAGAAACUAAAGAAGGAAUUGAAAAACAAAAGGAAAUCGAUGACCUCCUCCUCGGAAUGAACAUCGAAACGGAUGAACAGAGUUUAUUGCAAGAGUUGGAUCAGAUGUUAGCCCCGACUGUACCUGAUUUGCCAGAAGUGCCACAAAACGAACCGGUUAUUGUUGAGUCGGCGGAAGACGAGGAACCGAAGGAAAGGGAACACAAGGAAAGGGAUCACAAGGAAAAACAGCCCAAAGUAGCGCUCCUCGAGUCAUGAAAUUAAUAGUCAAUACAUUUCUGGCUGUAAUUUACAGUACAAGACAUACACUAAUAUAUUAAUUACAAAGUUUUAUACAACAACUAUUUAAUUAUAAAUUAUUUUACAAGUAUUCAAAUGAAUUGCGAUAUUUUUAUUAAAAUUAAAUAUUUUUU